AUAACCUACUGGCAGCGCAGUCGCUUCAAAACAGUGGAUUGUCAUCUAGGGUUUAUAGUUUCGUUGAACGGAUGAGAAGUGCUUUGAAAACCGCUUCGCAGCAUCAGAGCUCCGGCAUCAAUCGUACACUUGGCCUACUACUUACUAUCCGCUGCCUAUCGAGUCACCGCGUGACGCUCUCCCGUCAUAGAUACAUUGUUACGAGGAGAAAAACAGGGAAAUAAUCAACUAGAUUCUUUCCUAUCAAGAUGAUGUGGAGUCUGUGGAUCCUGUUGGGAACUCUCGGUGUGAAUGGCUAUGCGAUGCACGACCUGCACGAGCGUCUGUCCCACGGGCGUCAGCUGAAGAUCUACCUCCCGAAGAGCUCUUCAAAGCUGGAGUUCACCCCUGCUGCAGAGCCUGCGAAGACCUACCUGUACUGGGACCAUGGUGCCCGGACCAACAAGGGACGGGUGUCUGGGACAGGGACUGACAGGCGCUGGUAUCUGGACAAGGUGACGUACGAGGACCAGGGAACCUACGUCCAGAGAGACCACUGGAACAAGGAGAUCUCCUCACUCAAAGUGGCCGUGAACACCAGGCAUGAGUACCCGAAGUGCGUGGCGGGCGAGGACCUCUACAUCUCAUUGGAGGGCAUUGACCUAGCCGACGCCCAACUCUCCUUCUCUGGCGCCGACGCCAAUGUCACCCUGGUGCAUGAUGGGGCCGUGGUCGCCCAGGACCACCCGGACUACUGGAACCGGAUCAAGACCUACUCCACCAAGAUCACCAUCGAGAACGUCAACACCACGGACGUGGGUUACUACACGCUGAGGGACAGGAGAGACAGGGUGGUCUCCAUCAUCAGGAUGGAACUCACAGACCACCAUGACUAUGAAGCGGCUAACCCCCUCAUGGCCCUUCUCCUCCUGCUGGGGAUCCCCGCAGGUAUCUGCUGCUGUUGCCAGAAGAAGAUCUUCAAGAAGAAAGCCCCCCACCCCACAGCCGUCCUCCAGGGGACCCCCGAGACUCUGCACCCUCCUCCCGGCUACAAUAUCCCUGGAGGGGUGUCCCCUGGACCUGGUGGCCCGGUAUUUUAUCAUGGCCCAGGCCCAGAUCCUAACAUGGGAGGUUACCCCCAGGUCUACUCUCCCCCCAACCCUGGGAUGCCUGGCCAGCCUCAGUGGACUGGACCCCCAUUCCAACCAGGGUUCAACCCAGGCUACCACCCACAGGACCCUAUGUACCCCCCCGCCCAGCCCCUGCAGUGGAACGGCCCGCCUCCCAACCAGCCACAGUAUAACCCUGGUGCUCCUCCUAUGUGGAGUGGGCCGCCUAACCAGUAUCAGUAUCCCAUGGCUCCAAUGGGGUAUGCUCCAGUGAUGUACAGUGCCAUGCCUCCAGGUGAGCCAGUGAAGGAGGAGAUAAAGAUGGAGAACAUGUCUCCUGCUGAUCCCCUCCUCGCCCACCCCCACAACCCCCAGGCAUCAUCGCCCUCCGCCCCCGUGCCUGCCUCUGACGUCCUCCACUCCUCGGACGGAGCCUACCAGUUUAACAUCGACACAGGAAAGAACACCACCACCAACUUCCUGUAG